AUUCGUUACGGCCUACGCUCCUCCCCGUGACGUAUCCCGGCCCACCUCCCCUGCUGAGUGAAGCCUGUUCCCCGCCGCUCUGCCUCAGUUUAUGUCGGGCCAAAGCAGGGACGUGGAGACAGUACGGAGCGCGUUAUUCCCUCCUCCUGCCGCCGUGUUUGCGUUCCUCACGCCAUGGAGACCUGAGUGAGAGCCGCGGAUAGAGCUGCCGUAUCCUCCGCUGCCGGGAGCUUUCAUUACCGCGCAUUCGGAACUUUACUCCCUUCACCUGAGGUUGCUACUGCGGGAAACAAGAUGUAUUCCGGAGCAGGUCCGGUGCUCGCACCCCCGCCCCCGGCGUCACCGCUCCCGAUGCCGGCGUUCACGUUCAAGCCUCCGUCGCGGCCAGACUUUGGCACCUCGGGCAGGACCAUCAAAUUGCAGGCAAACUUUUUUGAAAUGGACAUUCCCAAAAUUGAAAUCUACCAUUACGAAAUUGAUAUAAAACCAGAAAAAUGCCCCAGGAGGGUGAACAGGGAGAUAGUUGAGCAUAUGGUGCUGCACUUUAAGGCUCAGAUCUUUGGUGACCGGAAACCAGUGUUUGAUGGACGGAAGAACUUGUACACGGCAAUGCCGCUUCCCAUCGCGAGAGAUAAAGUGGAGUUGGAAGUCACCCUGCCCGGUGAGGGCAAAGAUCGCAUUUUCAAAGUGGCCAUCAAAUGGAUGGCCUGCGUGAGCCUGCAAGCGUUACACGAUGCGCUGUCCGGCCGUCUCCCCAGCGUGCCAUUUGAGACUAUCCAGGCCUUGGAUGUUGUCAUGAGACAUUUGCCCUCUAUGAGGUACACACCAGUAGGAAGAUCCUUCUUCACUGCAUCUGAAGGCUGCGCGAAUCCUCUCGGCGGAGGAAGGGAAGUCUGGUUCGGCUUCCAUCAAUCAGUUCGACCUUCACUGUGGAAAAUGAUGCUUAACAUAGACGUAUCUGCCACGGCGUUUUAUAAAGCACAGCCGGUAAUAGAGUUUAUGUGCGAAGUUCUUGAUUUUAAAAGCAUCGAGGAGCAACAGAAGCCUCUGACAGAUUCUCAGAGGGUUAAAUUUACCAAAGAAAUAAAGGGGCUAAAAGUGGAAAUAACGCACUGUGGACAAAUGAAACGCAAAUACAGAGUAUGCAAUGUGACAAGACGACCCGCAAGUCACCAGACAUUCCCUCUCCAGCAAGAGAGCGGGCAGACGGUGGAGUGCACCGUCGCGCAGUAUUUUAAGGACCGACACAAACUAGUGCUUCGCUAUCCUCACCUACCAUGUUUACAAGUCGGACAGGAACAAAAGCAUACGUACCUACCUCUCGAGGUAUGUAACAUAGUGGCAGGACAAAGAUGCAUAAAAAAAUUAACGGACAAUCAAACCUCUACUAUGAUCCGAGCAACAGCCCGCUCCGCGCCCGACCGGCAGGAAGAGAUCAGUAAAUUAAUGCGUAGCGCAAGUUUUAACACUGACCCAUUUGUAAGAGAGUUUGGAAUCUUGGUGAAAGAUGAUAUGACCGAUGUUACCGGCAGAGUCCUUCAACCUCCUUCAAUCCUUUACGGAGGCAGGAAUAAAGCGAUCGCUACCCCUGUGCAGGGUGUCUGGGAUAUGAGGAAUAAACAGUUUCACACAGGCAUCGAAAUUAAAGUGUGGGCAAUCGCGUGCUUUGCCCCCCAGAGACAAUGUACGGAGCUUCACCUCAAGACCUUCACGGAGCAGCUGAGGAAAAUAUCACGGGAUGCUGGAAUGCCGAUACAGGGGCAGCCCUGCUUCUGCAAGUAUGCCCAAGGAGCCGAUAGCGUGGAGCCCAUGUUUAGGCACUUAAAGAACACCUACACGGGGCUGCAGCUAAUCGUCGUGAUCCUUCCCGGGAAGACGCCUGUCUAUGCCGAGGUAAAACGCGUUGGCGACACGGUUCUGGGCAUGGCCACACAGUGCGUGCAGAUGAAAAACGUGCAGAGAACCACACCACAAACCUUGUCUAACCUGUGCUUAAAGAUCAACGUCAAGUUGGGAGGAGUAAAUAAUAUCCUACUGCCGCAAGGAAGGCCUAUGGUGUUCCAGCAGCCGGUAAUUUUCCUUGGAGCAGAUGUCACCCACCCGCCUGCCGGGGAUGGCAAAAAACCAUCAAUUGCUGCGGUUGUUGGUAGUAUGGAUGCUCACCCGAACAGAUACUGCGCCACUGUGAGGGUGCAACAGCACCGGCAAGAGAUCAUCCAAGAUCUGUCCGCCAUGGUCCGCGAACUCCUUAUCCAGUUCUACAAGUCCACGCGCUUUAAACCGACAAGGAUCAUCUUCUACCGCGAUGGCGUUUCCGAGGGGCAGUUCCAGCAGGUAUUGCAUCAUGAAUUGCUGGCGAUUAGAGAAGCAUGCAUUAAACUGGAGAAGGAUUAUCAGCCAGGCAUCACUUUCAUUGUUGUGCAGAAAAGGCAUCACACUCGACUUUUCUGUACGGAUAGAAAUGAACGGGUUGGGAAAAGUGGAAAUAUCCCGGCCGGAACCACGGUAGACACAAAAAUCACCCACCCCUCCGAGUUUGAUUUCUACCUGUGCAGUCACGCUGGGAUUCAGGGAACAAGCCGGCCCUCGCACUAUCACGUGCUCUGGGAUGACAACCGAUUUUCCGCCGACGAGCUGCAGAUCCUCACGUACCAGCUCUGCCACACUUACGUACGAUGCACUCGUUCUGUGUCUAUCCCCGCUCCUGCUUACUACGCACAUCUAGUGGCCUUCAGAGCACGAUAUCACUUAGUGGAUAAAGAGCAUGACAGUGCUGAAGGGAGUCACACAUCUGGCCAAAGUAAUGGCAGAGAUCACCAAGCACUUGCUAAGGCAGUCCAAGUUCACCAGGACACGCUCCGUACCAUGUACUUUGCUUAACUUGCACAGGCAUCCAUUUGUCUGAGAGGCACUACCGAAGGAGGAUUCACGCCAGACCAGCUGCACUUAGGUGUAAUCCAACGACAAGUGCAAUCAUGCGUAACCUGAUCAUUUACCAUGUUUAACCAGCCUUCCGUCCACACCGUUUGUUACUGAACUGCAGACUUCUAAGUGAUAACGCAAUCUGGGGUUUGCUAAAGAAAACAAAAAAAAAAGCGUUUACAGAACUGGGUGAAAAAAAACAAAAAAA